AUGCAUGUGCAUGUGUAUGUGCACAGAGGCGUUGCCUUAGUGGCAAGCAACCGCCCUCACUCUUUCGCACCACGUUUUCACAGGACAUAUUCUAAUUCAGGAACGGCUACAGUGCAGGAUACCUCACAAAUAACUCGAGUACGGUUCGCUCCCUCGCCAACAGGAUAUCUUCAUCUUGGGGGUCUCCGCACGGCAGUCUAUAACUAUCUCCUAGCACGACAGAACGGAGGAAAAUGUAUCCUCCGAAUCGAAGACACAGAUCAGACGCGAUAUGUGCCUGGCGCAGCAGAAAGUUUGAUUCGGGCAAUGGAAUGGGCAGGUGUCAAGUUUGAUGAGGGUCCAGGCAUCGGGGGACCUCACAAGCCCUAUCACCAGUCGGAACGGCUAGAUCUAUACAGAAAACAUGCGGACGCCCUUAUCGAGCAUGACCAUGCCUAUCGAUGCUUUUGCACUCCGGAGCGAUUGUCGCUUGUUCGUCUUGAGGCACAGAAGGCUGGAAGGACAGCAUCUUAUGAUCGUAAGUGUGCGAUGCUGAGUAAACAGGAAUCACAGGAACGAGUAGACAAUGGAGAGGCAUUCGUUGUCAGGAUGAAGGUUCCAGAUGGAAAGACUACUGUCACGGAUGAAGUCCAUGGAAAAGUUGAGUUUUCGAACAAAGAAGUGGACGACUCUGUAUUGAUGAAGAGCGAUGGCUAUCCAACAUAUCACCUUGCAAAUGUUGUCGACGACCACGUCAUGGGUAUUACACAUGUCAUCCGUGGCCAGGAAUGGCUCCCAUCAGCGCCUAAGCAUGUGCUGCUCUACCAAAUGUUUGGUUGGGAAGUACCCAAGUUUGCUCAUGUUCCGCUGCUGUUGAACCCCGACAAGUCGAAACUGUCAAAGCGCUCAGGAGAUGUAAAUGUCGAAGACUACAGGGACAAAGGAUACUUUCCAGAGGCGGUUGUCAACUUUGUCGCUCUUCUAGGAUGGCAUCCAGGAACGACUGAGGAGAUAUUCGACAUGGACAGCUUGACAGCAGCAUUUUCAUUAAAGAACAUUCAGCAAUCAAAUGCAGUUGUGCUGCGUGAAAAACUGGAUUGGAUCAACAAGAUGCAUCUUUUACGCAGGGCGGAAACGCAGUCAGGACUCGAGGGAAUGGCCGCCAUGCUUCGGCCCAAGAUUGAGGCUGACUUAGGACCACUUGCCAAGGAGUAUUCGAAUGACUAUAUUGCACAGGUCAUCAGCACCCUGAAGGAACGGAUCAAGAACCUUCACGAUGUGCCAGCAUUGUGCGGAUACUAUUUCAGGGCUCCCAGCUACAGUUCGGACGAAUCAGUCGCUUAUCGCACUAAGAUUGGAGACGAGACUUUGCGUACAGUAUUGCCCAUAGCGCUAGACCGCCUCAAGGCUGCUGGAGAUGCUAAACUUGACAAGGAAGAGGCCAAACAAGUUUUGAAGUCAAUUGCGGACGAACAGAAACUGAAGCUGCCGGUGGUCAUGAACGCACUUCGAUAUACUGUUUCUGGCGUCAAGGUUGGUGCAGGAGUGCCGGAGACCCUAGCAACCCUUGGCCGUUCCUGUGUGAUAGAUCGGAUCGAGCGCGUGCUGAAGCCAAUCAAAUAA